AUGUCAUCAACUAAAUCCCCUCGUAUAGUAUUCGCUUAAAACCGUAAAUUUGUUGAAACUCCAGGCAUUUAAUCAGAUCCAUAUCAAAACAAUCAAAGCCCUGGUUCUAAAACCCGAGUGUCCUCUUUCAACAGAAGCUUUGACUUCAGAAUCACUACUUCAAAUAGAAGCAUAUCUUAAAGUUUUGAUUAGAAUCACUUUACCCCUUACCGCUAAGAUGAUAAAUUUGCAUCUACCUUUGCCUCUCAAAGACAUUCUAUACAGUAGAAUGGGAUGAACACCAAUGAUAAAAUAGACAAGGGCAUUCUAAUGUUACAAAUGAAGUAAGAAAAGGAACUCAAGAAGCAGCAGAUGCUGUAAUUAGAGGCUAGGAUAACUAAACUUAAACUGGAAGAGUAAAAAGCGUUGAAAAGGAUAUAAGAGACAAAGAAAGAGUAGUAAUUUGUGUUGAAGGUUUAAAAAGAAAAAAGUGAGUGGAAUCAUAGGAAGAUGAGUCAUUAGCACUAUUUAAAGGCAGUUGAAGAGGAAACGAGAAGACAAAACAGCCAAACACGCGAAAUCAUAAAAACUAAGAUUAUGGACAAUAUGAAGUCACGCAUGAUUCAUAAUCAGUAGAAUAGAAGCUAAAUUAAUGAAUAAACCCGCCGCAUUUAAGAAACCAUUCAAAAGAACAAAUCGGAGUUAUUUGAGCAAAAUCAUAGCAUAUACCAACAGUUCAAACAAGGAGAUGUUAAUGCGCAUAAACAGCGCAAUGAAAUGAGGACCUCCUCGACUUCUUAAGUAGAGAGGUCUUAUUUUUAAAAGAUAGAUAGCACACGCUAGGAAGCAAGCCUUUACGAGUAGAGAAUGAGACUGCUUGAGCAGUAGGAGUAGCUAAUGAUCAGCAAGUUGCAGAAUACAAAUAGACAGGAAUAGAGAAUACUGAAAAACCUAAAGAAUACCCAGGAUAUUAAGAUUCCCUCAACUGUCCUGAGAUUUGACAAGUAUGAAGGACGCACUGCCAGGAGAAAGUCUAUACUGAAAUAGAACGUAGACCUAAUAAUGGACAAGAACAAAUUCAAUGAGAGUUAACAUUUGGCCAUUGACCUGAUCACUAAUUCCUAGUACUAUCAAGAACUCGACAACACUAGCAAGUAAAACUUGAAUUAGAAAUUUAUGGACAUAUAAGUCUAAAAAGAACACCAAAGCAGUAAUGAAGCUAUUGGCCUUGAUUAAAAUCAGAUAAUCACUAUAUCAAUUCCUAAGGAAUAAUUAAAGUCUAUAAUUGAAGACAUUGAAUUGGAAAGGUAAUGA